AUGACUCCCAAUUUGAAGAAUCUCGAUCUCUCUUUCAAUUUGUUGACUUCUAUACCGCCAUUCAAGUUCGAGAGCCUGGAAAUAUUGCAACUUCAUAGCAAUGAAAUUACUAUUCUGGAGUUGGAGGAAUGGGCGACCCCCAAAUUGCGAUACCUCAAUCUUCAUAACAACUCCUUGAUAUCUGUACCCGCAUUCAAGAGCGACAGCUUGGAAUUGCUCGGUCUCCAAAGCAAUAAGAUCAAAAAAGUGGAAUUCGAUGGACAGAUGACUCCCAAUUUGAAGAAUGUCGAUCUCUCCGACAAUUUGUUGACAUCUGUUCCGGCAAUCAGGUGCGACAGCCUGGAAAGAUUCGGCCUUCAAGGUAAUCUAAUUACUAGCCUAGAGUUCGAGGAAUGGACAACCCCCAAAUUGCGAUACCUCAAUCUUCAUAACAACUCCUUGAUAUCUGUACCCGCAUUCAAGAGCGACAGCCUCGAAAUACUCUUACUACAAAGCAACAAGAUCAGUAAAGUGGAAUUCGAUGGACAGAUGACUCCCAAUUUGAAGAAUCUCGAUCUCUCCGACAAUUUGUUGACUUCUAUACCGCCACUCAAGUUCGAGAGCCUGGAAAUAUUGCAACUUCAAAGCAAUGAAAUUACUUUUCUGGAGUUGGAGGAAUGGGCGACCCCCAAAUUGCGAUACCUCUAUCUUCAUAACAACUCCUUGAUAUCUGUACCCGUAUUCAAGAGCGACAGCCUGGAAAUACUCUUACUCCAAAGCAACAAGAUCAGUAAAGUGGAAUUCGAUGGACAGAUGACUCCCAAUUUGAAGAAUCUCGAUCUCUCCUACAAUUUGUUGACUUCUAUACCGCCACUCAAGCUCGAGAGCCUGGAAAUAUUGCAACUUCAUAGCAAUGAAAUUACUAUUCUGGAGUUGGAGGAAUGGGCGACCCCCAAAUUGCGAUACCUCUAUCUUCAUAACAACUCCUUGAUAUCUGUACCCGCAUUCAAGAGCGACAGCUUGGAAUUGCUCGGUCUCCAAAGCAAUAAGAUCAAAAAAGUGGAAUUCGAUGGACAUAUGACUCCCAAUUUGAAGAAUGUCGAUCUCUCCGACAAUUUGUUGACAUCUGUUCCGGCAAUCAGGUGCGACAGCCUGGAAAGAUUCGGCCUUCAAGGUAACCUUAUUACUAGCCUGGAUUUAGAGGAAUGGACAACCCCCAAAUUGCGAUACCUCAAUCUUCAUAACAACUCCUUGAUAUCUGUACCCGCAUUCAAGAGCGACAGCCUCGAAAUACUCUUACUCCAAAGCAACAAGAUCAGUAAAGUGGAAUUCGAUGGACAGAUGACUCCCAAUUUGAAAAAUCUCGAUCUCUCCUACAAUUUGUUGACCUCUAUACCGGCAAUCAAGUGCGAUAGCCUGGAAAUAUUGCAACUUCAAGGUAAUAAAAUUACUAGCCUGGAGUUGGAGGAAUGGGCGACCCCCAAAUUGCGAUACCUCUAUCUUCAUAACAACUCCUUGAUAUCUGUACCCGCAUUCAAGAGCGACAGCCUGGAAAUACUCUUUCUUCACACAAAUAUGAUCACAAGUGUGGAGUUCGAUAGAUGGGCGACUCCCAGGUUGACACAACUCCAACUCGGCUUCAAUUUCAUGACAUUUUUACCCGAAUUCAAGAGCGACAGCCUCGAAAUUCUCUUUCUCCAAAGCAAUAAGAUCAGUAAAGUGGAAUUCGAUGGACAGAUGACUCCCAGUUUGAAGAAUCUCGAUCUCUCCUACAAUUUGUUGACCUCUAUACCGGCAAUCAAGUGCGAUAGCCUGGAAAUAUUGCAACUUCAAAGCAAUGAAAUUACUAGCCUGGAUUUCGAGGAAUGGACAACCCCCAAAUUGCGAUACCUCAAUCUACAUAACAACUCCUUGAUAUCUGUACCCGCAUUCAAGAGCGACAGCCUCGAAAUACUCUUACUCCAAAGCAACAAGAUCAGUAAAGUGGAAUUCGAUGGACAUAUGACUCCCAAUUUAAAGAAUCUCGAUCUCUCCUACAAUUUGUUGACUUCUAUACCGGCACUCAAGUUCGAGAGCCUGGAAAUAUUGCAACUUCAAAGCAAUGAAAUUACUAGUCUGGAGUUCGAGGAAUGGGCGACCCCCCUAUUGAGACACCUUUUUCUACACAACAAUUCGUUGAUCUCUGUUCCUGUCUUCAAGAGCGAUAGCCUGGAAAUAUUAUAUCUUCACACCAACGAGAUUACGAGUGUGGAGUUCGAUGGAUGGGCAACUCCAAAUUUGAGGGAAUUCGACAUUGGUGUCAAUCCCUCAUUAAAGUUUCCAACUGCAAUAGUCAUUGGCAUGAAGAAACUGGAAAAGUUUCUAUGCCAAAGAGGAACCCUUGGUCCCACCCUUCCAAGCGGUCUCCUGGAAUUCCAAAGCAACGCCUUGAAAUUGGUAGACCUCCGCAACAACAGAAUAUCCAGACUGCAGCCAGGAGCCAUUGCAGGUCUCGUACCUGAUACGACGGUUCAUCUCAACGAAAACGAAAUCAUUGUGUUGUCCGAAGAGACCUUCCGCCCGAUGUUGAACAUCCUCUCUAUGGGAGAUGGAGUCCUUGAUCUGAGCGACAAUCCCAUCCUGUGCGAUUGUGAAAUUUCAUGGCUAGUGCUCAACGAGAAAUUCCUAAGGAGCGUUUCUGGGAAGUGCCACAAUGGAACAGAAUUCAAUGAAUUGAAUUUGAGUUCUUUAAAUGCUUGUCCUCGUGAAUGUCCUUACCAGUGCAUCAACAGUUUAUGGCUAUCUCUCUGUACGCCGGGGACUGUAACUCAUUCAAAUGUGGACAACUGUCGAUCUGGAGAACUGUGCUGCCAGCCAUACAUCCCGAAAACUACUACAAUGGCAUCUUCGUCAAUACCAGGUUUCUUCUUUGUAUGCGGCAGAAAGAAUUAUCAAGUGACAUUGUCCAAAGGAGGAAAGCCAUCACAGAUAGGAGAAUGGCCAUGGCAGGCAGCCAUUUAUGACGUCAAAAAACAGGAUGUCGUUUGUGGAGGGGCACUCAUUCAAGAGCAAUGGGUGCUCACAGCGGCCCAUUGUGUCACUAUUCAGGGUACCGAUAGACCUCGGACCAAGAAAGAUCUAUUUGUUUACCUUGGGAAACAACAUCGAGCUAAUGUUGAAGACGAUGAAUACGUGCAGAUUAGACAGGUGUCUCACAUAUUCCACCAUAAGGAUUACAGCAUACAAAACUAUGACUCAGAUAUUGCUCUACUGAAAUUAACAACGCCUUCCGUGCUGACUGAGCGAGUGCAGUUGAUAUGUCUCCCGACCAAAUUUGAUGUUUCUGACGAAAAUCUCCAGGAUGGAAUGCACGGAUGGGUUGCCGGUUGGGGUUAUGACGGUUCGGAUCUUCUUACGGCUGUUCUGACAGAUGUUCAGCUCCCGGUUAUAUCCAAUCGCUUGUGUCGUCGGGACACCACAUAUUUCACAGGGGACUUCAGCACCACUCGUACCCUCACCUCUAAUAUGUUCUGCGCUGGUCAUUCCAGAAGCACUUCUCCUGAAGAUUACCGAACGGUGUGUCCUGGGGACUCGGGAAGUCCUAUGGUCUUUCUUUCCAAUGCCUCACAUGACAGUUAUUGGACGGUGGAAGGAAUCGUGAGUCACUUUUUCCAGAAAGAGACUUGUUCUCUGAGGCGCCCUGGACAGUAUGGAGUUUUCACUAAAGUUAAUAGGUUCACCCGAUGGAUCGACGAGGUUUUUGAUAACUUAUGAUGAAGGAACCUGACAGAACUGACAGAAAUGCAUGUAGAUUUGCUUAUUAAAAAACUAUAUCAGUUUGCAAUUUCUUGUGCCACUUGAAUGUAAUAAAGAUGUCUUUUCAAGUGUUUUCAAAGAA